ACCUGCUUCCUCACAAAAAAAUCCUUAUACCUCCCAAUGGCAAAAGGCAUCAACAAGCUGAUAAAGCUCAAGUCAAUUCUCAAGAAGCUAAACUCAUUCAACCAAAAGCAAAGCCGUCCGCCGUCUUCCUCCGUAGUGGCUGCUUCCGAUGUUUACGAAUCGUCAUCGGACGACGUCAACCUCCAGCCAGUCUACGUCGGAAAAUCCAAGAAGCAGUACCUCAUCAGCUCCGACGUCCUCGAGAACCCUCUGUUCCGCAAACUCGCGGAAGUGUCGGGCGAGGACGCCGACGCCGUUAUCAAAGUUUCGUGCGAGGUUGUCUUGUUCGAUCACUUGCUUUGGAUGCUCAAAAACGGUGAUCCUCAGUCGGAGUCUCUGGCGGAGCUCGUCGAGUUCUACGCUUGUUGAAAGAUUGCUCCCGCGAUCGAUUGAAGGACGGUUCCCGUGGGAUCGUUCUCAUGGUACACAAAUUUGUACAUUAUGUAAUGAAAACAAUGCAUGUGAUUAGGCGGUGUAGAUUAA